AUUUCUAAGAGAAUUGAAUGCAACUAGUAGCGCAACUCUUCUUGAUCAGUUUGUAUGUUUUAAUUUUAGCGGCCAAAAAUUGAAAGGAACGUGAAAAUUGUUACAAAAUUAUCUUUUUAAUUGCAAGUGAAUUUAAUUUAUAUUUUCAUACAAGAAAUGCGUGAAGUUAUCUCUUUAAAUGUUGGCCAAGCUGGUGUACAAAUUGGAUCAGCAUGUUCGCAACUCUUUACAAUCGAACAUGGAAUUUCGCCAGAUGGAAAAAUUCUUAAUGAAGCGUUGAUCGAUGAAAACAUGUUCACAUUUUUUUCCGACACUAAAACAGGCAAAGUUGUUCCGCGAGUAUUGUUCGUUGAUCUCGAAGAAACAGUGAUCGGUGAAAUAAAAACUUCCGAAUAUCGUCAUUUGUUUAAUCCAAAUUUCAUGAUAACUGGCAAGGAAGAUGCUGCCAACAACUACGCACGCGGUCAUUACACGAUUGGCCGUGAAUAUAUCGAGCCAGUAAUGGAACAAAUUCAAAAACUGUCAGAAAACUGUAAUGGGCUUCAGGGAUUUUUGAUUUACAAUUCCUUUGGUGGUGGAACUGGAUCAGGAUUCACGUCAUUAAUUGCUGAGCGUUUGAGUAGUGAAUUUGCGAAGAAAUGUCGAUUACAGUUCGCUGUUUAUCCAGCACCACGAAUCUCAUCAGCUGUUGUUGAACCAUACAAUGCUGUUCUUACAACGCACAGCACAUUGGAUCACAGUGACUGCACAUUCAUGAUGGACAACGAAGCGAUUUAUGAAAUUUGUGCAAAGAAGUUGGGCGUUCCAAUGCCAACUUAUCGUAAUCUCAAUCGAUUAGUGGCUCAAGUUGUAUCAUCAGCUACAUCAUCUCUUCGCUUUAAAGGCGAUAUGAACGUUGAUUUAAAUGAAUUUCAAACAAAUCUCGUGCCAUUUCCACGAGUUCAUUUUCCACUCGUCUCUUAUGCGCCACUCUCAUCAGCUCACAGCACAUUCCAUGGUUCCAACUCCAUCGCUGAUCUCACAAAUGAAGCAUUCGAAAACAACAACAUUAUGGUGAAAUGUGAUUUGGCAAGAGGAAAGUUCAUGAGUUGUUGUAUGCUUUAUCGCGGUGACGUCGUUCCAAAAGAUGUAAAUGUUGCCAUUUCAACGAUGAAGUCAAAGAAGCACAUAAUGUUUGUGGAUUGGUCACCAACUGGAUUUAAAAUUGGAAUUAAUCACAGUCAACCAUCCUUCGUCCCCAAUGGUGAUCUGAUGAAGACAUCGAAAGCAGUUUGCAUGUUAGCAAACACGACCGCAAUAUCAGAAGCUUGGACACGUCUCAAUGCGAAGUUUGAUUUAAUGUACAACAAAAGAGCUUUCAUUCAUUGGUAUGUUGGUGAAGGAAUGGAAGAAGGAGAAUUCACUGAAGCGAGAGAAAAUUUAGCAGCUUUGGAAAAGGAUUUUGAGGAAGUUGCUGGCGAGUCGGUUGAUCAAGAUUACUUUGAUGAGGAUGAAGAAUAUUAAGUUUUAAAGUUGAAUUGUUUCUAAUCAUUAAUGUUUUGUGAUUAGACAACUAAGAAGAAAAAUUUAUGAUGAUAAAUCCGUAAUAAAAAACAUUUGUUGCAUU